CCACCGAGCGGAUUAGUGGAACAAACCCUAGCCUGAGUAGAUUCUUCCUCUAGCUUUCGCGAGCCGUAUCGUAUCCAUUGGAUGGAGCCCUAGAGCAACAAGAAGAAGCCAAGAAUAUUUGCGCCAUGGAGGGUGGUAAUUCCAGCAAGGGCGCCAUGGAGGGUGGUCACCGCUGCCGCCGCCCAAACGUCGACGACGAUGACCAGAUCGAGGAGGGAGAGAUCUGCUACGACUGCCACGUCUCGGGCUCCGAGACCGACGACGACGAGCACCACAGACGCGCCGUGCUCCCUCCCCGCGACAAUGGCGAUGGCUGCGCGGAGCACAAACGGUGCCGCCUCGACAAUGCUGCUACGGCGCCCGCACCCUCUGCCGGGCCGGUGCUGACCACCAGCAACGGAAGCGCCAUCGUCGCCAUCGCCUCCGCUGCCGCCGCCGCAGCAGCUGCGGCGUCGACAAUGGCGCGGGAGGUGUUCGCGUGCCGCAUCUGCCGGAAGGAGUUCGACACCCGGAAGGCCGUGGACGGGCACAUGAGAGUUCACCGUCAGCAAUCCAUUGCCACCCCCAAGUAUAAUGCCGCAGACAACUCUCGUGUCACUGUGGUCGCUGAGCCCAGAACCGAUCUUGAUCUUUCCGGUCCACACGGGAGCAGCAGCGCGCCGCCGUCGCCACCAGCGCCGGCCAAUCCUCCCAAUCAUAAUCAGGCCGUCGGUCACCAACCAGCGGCUGCCGCGCCGAACGCCGGCGUCGUCGUCGUCGUCGAAGGGGCGCCGCAAAAAAGUCUACCAUACAUGUGCAAGAUGCAGGGCUGCGGCAGGGCGUUCCCCACGCACCAGGGGCUAGGUGGCCACGCUGCCGGCCACCAGAACAGGAGCAAGGCAGCGGCGGCGGCGGCCUCCGAGCAGGGCAGCAGCGGAGCGGGGGCCGACGGGUGCCACGGCGGCGCCGACAGCAGCAAGCAUCGGUGCAGAGAAUGCGGCAUGGAGUGGAAGACAGGUUUCGCGCUCGGCGGCCACAUGAGGAAGCACCAAACUAAGGAGACGGUGACCGUGAACGAGAAGGAGCCGAAUGUCGCUGGCAAGCACAUCUCUCUUGGACCACCACCUUUGCCGGACCUUACUCCGGCCGCCGCUGAGGUAACUUCGUCGGAACCACUUGAUCAGCCACCACUACUGUCAAUGGUGGUGGGUGCAGAAGUUGCAGCACCGGCGCUGCUUGCGCUGGCCAACGAGGCAGCGGCAUUGCCGCCACAGGAUGAUCAGGCAGAGGAAGAGGCGGCUGCAGAAGCCGCUGCACCGGCCGAGGCAGCGGCAUUGCGACCGGUUGAGGCAGGGGCAGAGGCGGCCGAUGUUGGAGCAGCACCAGAGGAGCCGCUGCUGGCGCCUAUUGCCGGCAUGGGAACCGUGCGUAUUUUCGGUUUUUUGGUUGAGAAGCCGGCACCUGGAGACGGCAGUGGAGGAGAGGGUUCAGCGCCUGCAUAGAUCGUCCUAGUUAUGAUAUUUGAUUUUGUGAUUUUCUUUAGCUAUCUUCAGAGCCAUUAGGAUACUUGAUUUAGAGGCUUUCUUUAUUAUGUUCACCGCAUAGUAGUUAAGAUAAUUUUUGCUUUUCGAUAGCAGAAGUGUUUUCUUCGUUGUACUAGCUAGUUGGCCGGGUUUUCGAGGUUAAAGACUAUAAGAAACUUACAGUUAUAUAUG